AGAACAUGUAAUCAUGCGAAAAUGGCGGAUAAAUCGCGAGGGCAUAAUCGCCAUGGAAGUGUUGUACGAAUUGGUUACUACAAUAUCGAAAAGACCAUCGGAAAGGGAAAUUUUGCAGUGGUCAAGCUUGCUACUCACUGCAUCACAAAGGGAAAGGUUGCUAUUAAAAUCAUCGACAAAAGUCAAUUGGAUCAAGAAAAUUUAAAGAAAAUUUUUCGCGAAGUUCAUGUAAUGAAGAUGCUGGAUCAUCCUCACAUUAUUAAACUUUACGAGGUGAUGGAAUCAGACAGGAUGAUGUAUUUAGUCACAGAACAUGCAAGCAAAGGAGAAAUAUUUGAUUAUCUAGUUGCACAUGGUAGAAUGUCUGAAAAGGAGGCAAGGAAAAAAUUUCUGCAAAUUGCAUCAGCUGUUGACAGUUGCCAUAAGCAGUGUGUUGUACACCGAGACUUAAAAGCAGAGAAUCUUCUAUUGGAUGAGAAUUUUAAUAUUAAAAUUGCAGAUUUUGGAUUCAGUAACUUAUUUCAAGAAGGAAAGCAUCUGAAAACGUGGUGCGGAAGUCCUCCGUAUGCUGCUCCGGAGCUCUUUGAAGGGAAAGCUUACUGUGGACCGGAAGUAGACAUUUGGAGUUUGGGUGUAGUCCUCUACGUGCUAGUGUGUGGGGCUUUGCCAUUCGAUGGCAGUACACUGCAAAGUUUGAGGUCCCGUGUGUUGGAUGGCAGAUUCAGAAUUCCCUUCUUCAUGUCUAGAGAAUGUGAGCACCUCAUUCGUCACAUGUUGGUUCGUGAUGUGGCCAAGAGGUACACAAUGGUGCAGAUUAUUAACCACAAAUGGCUGAACGAGAUGACUGAGGAGGACAAAGCUAGCGCUCUAGCAACAGACACGAUACCUGACUCGGAGCUGACUGAAGAAGUCUUGACAAUAAUGCAAAGCAGAGGAAUUGAUCGGGAAAAGACUAUCCAGUCACUUUUCAAGAAGGAUUACGACCAGUUCUCCGGUAUUUAUUUCACACUUCUGGAAAAGCUCAAAAGAUCUGCCAGCUCGUCACACGAUCCUUGCGCCAACAUAACUGCCAUACCUGGCAACUCAAGUGAUUCAGAAAUGAUGGAGACUGAAGACGAGUUAGCUGGAGCUGAGAAGCCGUCAAUGAAUGUUCCUACCGUUCAAGUGACUCCUGACUCGCCCACGAGGCGAGUGAAACCCCUCCAGGACCAGUGGGACCUCACGCAGGAGGGUGACGAAGAAGACGAUAAGAUGCCGGAUGAGAUCCCUCCAAGCUUGAAGACCUAUCUGGAGAAGCGGCGGCACACUCUGACCGCUGUGGAUCCAUUGAUGGAGCCGGAGCUACGAGAGAUGCUCACUCAGAAAUUCGUGCAACAGCCCUUGAGUCCUCUAAGUCAGGCCACUGAGGAUGCAUUCCAGGGUGCUUUAGGAUUGAACCCAGGUUUGCCACCGUAUUCGCCCACGCUGGACCUGUCUUUGGCAUACAAGGAGCAAAUUCUGCAGGUGCCCAGUGUGUUCCAGCUUAGACCGCCCUUGGGAAGAAGGGCCUCCGAUGGACCAACGAGCCUAGCCGCCGGAAUAGCGCAAUUUAAUGCUCUUCGUGCCAUGGCUGGAAUAGGAGACGAUAAUCAGGGUCACACGGGCUCACUAAGCGGUUCGCCGUUAAACAGCCAUAAUCCACUUGUGUGUCAGUCACCAUUCUCGGUUUCGCCCGGGCCAUCGAGCCCUCAAAUAAGCGAAGGGGCAAACGACAGCGGCUCAGAUCAGGAACCAGAUCAAGAUGCCAUUGCACGGUACAUGGCAUGUCGAGGGGCACGGCAACGUCACACCUCACCAAAUGAAAUGCCAGAUGACAUGCUUCAACUGCGAUUAUUACAAGUGCCGUUAAAAACCAGACGGACCGUGUUUCCUCCCGCAAGGGACCGUCCAGGACGGGAGGGACCCUUCAUAACUACACCCUCCGGGAUUCGAUACAACGGAUCAAGACGAGCUUCAGAUGGAUCUGCUUCGGUGCUAGCCUACAAGCAGCAUAUGGAGCGCAUCAGCGGCAGCGGGUCCAAACGAAACAGCCUUCGUGAGCUGCAAGAGGAGUGCCUACAACUCCAGCAGCAGUAUGGCCGAGUUGCUGAAGCAGAACAGCAGCGUAGACAACAGGAACAACACGAGCUUCAUCUGCAGCAGCAGUUUUACAGUAGGAGGGCGUCGGACAGUGCUGACUCUUUAGCCGCCACACUCGCUCAGUUCCAGCAGCAGUACGCACCUGCUCAUACGAGUCAGGAGUUGGACUUCGAUGGGCAAAGAGUAGAAGUAUUACUCCAGAGUUCGGUCGAAGAUUUGGAGGAAAUUCCAGCUCAGUCGUCGAUGGAGCACCAAGAUCUUCUUCACAAGGAGAUGCAACGCUUGAACAUUGAACACUGCACCCAGUCACCUUUCGACUCCGCAGGAAUUAUCCACUCCACUUCAGGAGGAAUAGGUUCGGAUCCUUCCGCGCUUUCCACUCUUGCACAAAAUCUUGCCUCGAACUCGCCAAGAAACAGUCUUCUUAUCGAGGACUCGUCGCCUGCAUCCUCUACUGAGACAUCGAACUUUCUCUCGCAGAAUGUUAUGUCAACACAAGCAAACACGACCUCGUUUCUAUCCGAUGGCGUCGCAUUAUCGUCUCCAGUUCCUUCGCCGCCGCCGUCUCCUCUUAUAUCAGCAGUGCCCCUCAAUCAGCGGUAUCCCAUACCUAGCAUUGCCACUUCUACCACAAGGACUGCGUCAAACGGAAGCUUGGCGGAGACAGUAUCGGAUACGGGAACUAUUCCACCAAUUCCCACCAGUAUUCCAGCUGCUAUGUUGGGAAAUCCGGUUAUAAAUGAGAAUGAUCUUGAAGAGUUAGCAAGGGCUAGUAGAUGGGGACUCGGCGGUGGCACAAUGCCCCUAAGCCCUGCAACACUUCUCGGGACUAUCGGGACAAAUCCUGCGGCAGCGUUGCUCGCGGGAAACGUCGGGCAGCGGUCGCCAAUGCAUCACCGUCGACAUCAUACGGUGCCUUCUGCGCAAGACGCCUGGAAUUCUAUGGACUUGCUCAGAAGAGCGACCGCUAAUAAUGUUUUAUCGCAAAACCAAGCAAGGGACAUGUUAAACAACAAUAUUAAUUUGGAAGAGGGACUAGGAAUUAGAGACGGUCUUCUAUAUAGAACUUUUUCUCCCAACGGAACAAUUCAUCAAGACUCUUUACUUAAUUCGCUUAGCAAAGGAGACGGUUCGCCCGACUUGACGCAAACGAACACUUUGCGUAUGGCAUUUUCUGUUAAUAUGACUUCUAGCAAGUGUAUACCUGAUAUUCUUAGUGAAAUAAGAAGAUCGCUGGAUCAGCGGUCUGCCAAGAUUGCUUACGAACAGUCGGAGCAGACAUUCACCCUUCAGCAGGGGGGUGUGUGCGCUGAAAUUGAAGUCUGCCCCCUCCGGGAGAAUCUUAACGGAUUGCGCUUGCGACGAGUCAGUGGCAACCAGUGGCAUUACAAGAAACUUUGCAACGAGGUUCUUGCGGGAAUGAACCUGUGACGUGACUGAAAGCGUAUUGCGUGAAUUGAAUUGAUAAUUAGUUUUCUUUAAAACAAAGAUUGCGUGAAAGUUGAUGUAGAUGGAGUGUAGCGCAAAACACUCAUCUUUCACUCGCGUGACUUUGAGGUAAAGUGCUUUUAUUGUGAAUUUAUUUCUUUCCUGAAAAAGAAGUUAUACCCUAAAUUAGGAGUAGAUAAUUGACUUACAUAGCUCAAAAGUAAAAAUUGUUCUCUUGUUUUCGUUGUAGGAAAGUUUUUUUUUUCUCCCCUUCUAUUCGUGAAAGUCUAAACAUGAUAUACGAGCAGUGUUUUUUGUGCUUGCAAAUUCAGCGAUUCAUCUGCCUCUGUUAUUGUUGAGCCGAAAUUUUCAUUCGGAAAAAAAUUCCCUUAAAUUAUCGUUAAAUACCGAUUCUUAACUUUUAAUCCCAGAAAUGGUUAACAGGCUCCUUGUAUUUUCACUCCGUUUUCCAGUAAACAGGUCAAGAGAAUCUAAGGGGAAUUUUCUUAAAUUUACAGCUAAUGCUCUAAAUUAUUGAACUAAGAAACAUAAAUUUGGUAGAAAGGAAAAUUAGUUGACUAGAUUUUCAGCGGCAGAGAACUAUGGCGCAAAAACAAAGGACCUUGACCCUGAAAAAUUCUCCUAUUUCCCGCCCUUAUCUUUUCCUAAAUCGUCCUCUUCUGUCUGUCACGGCCUAACAGUAUUGCAGAAUUUGGUUAAAGCACAGGCCAGCGCGAACCAAAUAUCCAAGGACUGGGGAGAGUUGAGAAGAAGUGAGACAGGUUUAUUUGGUUGAGAUCGGCGUGAUGUGGUCGAAAUGUCUGGAUUUUCUUUGAAUGUUACCUUUGAAGUGACUAAUAACCUUUAAAGAAAUUGAAUACCCUUGCUCUUUACCUUAUCUUGUUCCUCAUAUCAUCCGAAUGUCUCUGUAAACUCUGGCCUCUACCGUUCGCGAGAACUGCAAACUGCAUGAAAUUUCAUAUAGAGAAGAGGCUCACAAUGUUUUUUUUUGUGUGUAUGUAGAAAAGGUUUUUUUUUAAUCUGGUUCAUUGCGCCUUUGCACUGGAUCCCUUGUUCCAACUUGUGCUGAUUUGACUACACGUAAAUACUUUCACUUGAUACAGUAUUGAUUAUAAAAACGAGUUGUCUUUGUUCUGAAUUUCUUACCUUAGCGGUUUCACCUGCAUUAGUUGGCGUUCAGUCUGUGUAUAUAAUUCCUAGGAAUGAAAUAAAUUUUGCCUAAAAUCG